CGAGCCAGGAACUUGCAGCUAAAGAAGCAGAACCUCAUUAUGUCUGAGAGGCAGCAGGAUCCAUGAGUGAAGACCAGAAAAAACAUUUCAAUGUUCAUUGCUGCUUUUUGACAUAACACACAAGUUAGAGUUGGACUUAACUGCAACUGAACCCUCGCAUGAAUUUUUCAUUGGAGCAACAGCAACAGCAACUUUUUUUUUUUUUUUUGCUUCACAUGGAAAAGGAUGAAAACCCGUGUUAGAAACUGGAUUUCUUAAGGGAGAAGAAAGCCAGGGAGUGGUGGAUGGUGGGAAAAUGGCAGAAGGCAGGAGAUGUUGUAUUUGGUCACGGCGCCACUGCUUCUUCUGCAUUCUGGUGUUGGCGGCUCUUUUGUUUUUUUACAGCACAAACAUGAAAGAAAUGCCAACAGACUGGAACCCUAGACAGUGGAUUCAGGAUACUGCACCAAAAUGGUGGAAUCAGUUAAGAGGUCCCAUCAGGACUGAGUCCAACACCAGCAGUCCUGGAUCUACGUCUGAACUGACCACUGCUGCUGCUGGGUUUACAUCUGCAAACAACUCAGUGGUUUUUCCACAAACUGAGAAUAUAACUUCAACACAGGUGACAAACGUGACUAUAACAAACCUGACUACAAAUGCUCCAGUGGUGCCAACACCAGCUCCUUAUGUGUCUCCGGGACCGUACUUAGUGGAAUACCCCUCGGAGUACCACUUCAUUACAAACGAGCCACAGAAAUGUGAGCAGCAGAAACCUUUCCUGGUUCUGGUGGUUCCCGUGGCGCCCCAAAACAGGGCACACCGCGACAUCAUCCGCAACUCAUGGGGAGGUGAAAGUCUGAUCCUGGGCAGAGUGGUGAGCCUGUUCUUCCUGCUGGGGCUGCACACCGGAGAAGGGGGGGAGCAGCUCAAAGAGCAGCUGCUGCAGGAGAGCAAAGAGCAUCAAGACCUGAUCCAGAGCGACUUCGUGGACUGCUACAAGAACCUGACCAUCAAGACCAUGGUGAUGCUGGAGUGGCUGGACUCGUACUGCUCCAGCGCCUCUUACGCCAUGAAGAUUGAUUCAGACAUGUUUCUAAAUGUACCCAACCUCAUUAAUAUGUUAAUAAGCGCUCCAAAGACAAACUACAUGACCGGACUCGUGGCGAGAGGAGGUGCAGUUCUGAGAGAUCCAACAUCUAAAUGGUUCUUACCUGUGGAGAUUUACCCUCACUCGGUGUAUCCACGUUAUGCUUUGGGUCUGGGCUACAUCUUUUCUUUAGACCUCACGAAAAAGCUUGUGGAGGCAUCCAGACACGUUAAAGCUGUUUACAUUGAAGAUGUGUAUUUGGGGCUGUGCAUGCAGCACUUGGGCAUCCCUCCCACUAACCCCCCAGACUGGGGUUAUUUUAAUGUUUUUCCUGUGCCGUACAGUCGCUGUGCUUACUCCCGGCUCAUCGCCACCACGACUCAAGAAAACGUCGAUCGUAUGUGGAUCUGGAAGGACUUAAAAAAGCCAGGCCGAGACUGCUCGUAGGACACAGCUAAAAACGACGUAAUGUGCUGACAACCAGGACUGAAGUUAUAAGUUAAGUUAUAUUUAAACAAAUCACCUCUCCUAUCAGAUCUCAGUGUUAGACGAGCAGGGUUUUCUGCCACACUGAGCUCGCCUUGUUGCUCUGUGGCUCUUAUCCAGCAUUCCAGGGAAAUUUAUUAUUCUUUAACCAGCAAAUGACUGAAAAUGAAAACGAAAUGUGAACUGAAGAGAUGACAGCACAAACUGACAUCUAGUAUUUUUAAAAUACAGAAAAUACAGAUCUAAAGGGGUAAAAUAUACUGUAUGUAGAUGAUUAAUAUAAGACUAUUUUUUUGUUGUUUUUAAGGAUGUAUUUUGAGUUUCCACAAAGUGAAGUUUCUCAACCUUGAGGUCUGAUGUACUAAUUUUCUGGUAAUGAAUUUAAUUACUUAAUUUAAAGUGGCAACAUAAUGAUGUCAUCAUCAUCAUGCCACGUCAUGCCAUGAAAGGUUUCUAAACUCUGUAGUUCACUGUGCUCGGGUCACUGCAACAAGCUCUCUGUGCUCAGUUGUGCUGCUAGUGAAUCAACAACAUGAAGGAAACAGACAGUUUUUAGUGUGUUUGCUGAAUGGUGAGAUUAUAGAGAAGGAUUGAAUACAUUAAAUGUUGUAACAUGUUGACAUGUUGUCUGAUGAAUCAUUCAUAAACCAAGAGGUUGAGAAGCUGUGAACUACUAGAAGUCAUCACACUGUCAAUAAUUAAUAGGUUGAAGAGGAGGUGGAAAAAACAGUUUGCUUUAAACAAUAGACAUGUAUCUGCCAAAUCCAAAGAAAUGGGACAGAUAAAUCAUAGCCUUGGGGAAAAUACUGUCAUUUCAGUUUUACAUAUUGCCACAAGCCUUCAUUCAUGGUUUCUAACCCUUUUGUGCUCAACAAAGGGAAAGCAGCUCAACUGCUCAAAAUUAAAGUAGCAGUGAGCAGGUUUCAGGUUUGACAAGGGUGAGUGAAGCCAUUGUAGUUUGCUUAAUCAUGUUUAAAGAAGGAAGUGAGACUAACCAAAGUCUUCAUCAUUUCAUCAUCAGUUUCAUCAUCUCGCUUAUGGCUUAUGGCCCAAUAUUCACUAAGCCCCGCCCCUUGCACAGCUAUUUUGCUGUUCAUGCUCAUUUGUGGUAGAAAUGUGUAUCUCAUUCCCCAGUGGCUGUUUACCAAAUUUGGUGCUGAUAAAGUGAAAAUCCAAAAAGUUUUAUUCAUUUUACUGUUUUUCAGUUUAUGUAAAUUGGCAUCAUUGGCAUGAACUUUCAUGGUCUAAAAGACUUGGAGACUUUUUUUGUAGAGUUCAUUGAACUCAAAUUGUGUGUCAAAAUUCAAGUCAAUCGGACUUUGUGGUUCUGAGGGGCAUGGCCUUUUCAAAAUUGCAUUUUUUGGGCUUUAAUUACACCGCCACCAUCUGACCGAUUGGGCUCAUUUUUCUUGGGAUGCACAUGCACAUCAGUUCCAGUUAUUGGGCCAGUUCAUGUUUGUAGCUCAUCCCAGCUCAUGGGAAUUUGAGCCGCAGCGGCAGCAGGCAAAUAAUAAAAAUGACCUCACACAAACACAGAGGGAUAAUUAAUUUGUGAACAUAACACUGUGACACUUAAGCUUUUUUUUCCCACUCAUGGGUCAACAGAGAAAUCUGUGUGUAAAAUCUGUCAAGACGCCUCACAACAUUCAGACUUUUGUGAUGUUACUUUUCAUCCAGGCAACACGAGUGAUGAUUUCUGACACAUUUUUAAAAACCUCACAGUGUCGGGUGUCGGGUGUCCAUAUGAACACUAAAACAGUAUUUGUUUUCUGUAAUCACUCCUCCUGUCUAUACUGACUACAGAGAGAACCUCCCAACAUGUCUCCACUGCAGGUGACUGGGGACAAAAAUCCACAGUCUGUGCUCAACUGUUCAUUUUAAGCUAUCAUAUCAGGCUUCAGCAGUAAAUACAAAACAAGGUGUCGACCAAAGCAAAGUGUUUUUAGUAUAAAAUUCCCUUUGUGUGUUUCUUGUUCAGCUGCAGUAACACAAAGAGGGUAUUUUAUAUUUAAAAUGUUAAAAAUACUGUUACUUUGGAAAAUAAUUUAUAUGUUUGUGACGCUAUUUUGAAAAUAUAUAACCAGGGGAGACCACUUUCAAAAUAAAAUCCCCACUUUUACGGUCCCAGAAGGAGUUGUUAACAAUGUCCAGUAAUACCUCAAUAAUUGAAUAUUUCUGUUUUCUAUUUCUAUUUCACUUUAUAAUGAAGGUAAAAAAUACACAUUGGUCCGUUUUAACUCAGCACAAUGAUUUAAUGCGUGAAUUAAUGAAAGAUGUAUCGUGAAUUCCUUGUGCACAUCAUUAAGAAUCAAUUAAGUCACUAUGAGUUAAGGUGAUCAUUGAACUCACAGUUACUUAGACACAUUUAUUUAUGUGGAACCAAAUCAGCCGGAGUCCAUUCACAGAGAAAAAGGGAACUUCUAACCCACAUACAUGUGAUCACAUGGGCUGUGGGCAGGAGUUAAGGUUUAGACCGUUGAGACUGUUGACUGUUUAAUCAUGUAAUAACAACCAGUUUGAUUCUAAAUAGCCUAACAUUUCCGUUGUGUUUUCAAAGGCUGAUGAGUAAUUUUAAUUGAGCUGCUUUGGUGGUAUCACAGUAUAUUAAAGCAUUAAGUAACUGUUUGUUAUUCAUUAACUGUUGACUAAUACUGACUUUAUAAUUUUCUUAAUUCAUGCUGUAAAUCAGCAUGACUUGUGCAUGUAUUGAACCCCUAUUAUAAAGCCUAUUUAUUUUUGUAUUUAUCUUCUUCCUCCGAUCUGUUCCUGUAUAAAUAGGCUGUGAAAAAACUGUUUAGGCUGUGUACUAUUGGGAGUUUGACUGAGGUAUCAUUUUAAUUCACAUGGUGACAAAUAGCAAGUGUAUAAUUUUGUAUAAUUUCACAGUUCAUAAUGGCAUUUAAAUGUUGUGUCUGAAUGUCUCAACACUGUCUGUGCCGUUUUAAUGAUUUUAUCCAUUAAAAGCACUUUACAACACA